CGUUCGCGUCGCUCGCAAAAAUCUGCCAACUCCCGGAGAUAGAGCGCAGGCUAGUAGGGGACUUCCAGAACCAAAAUCCAGGGAGCGGUCGAGAUACGGUGGGGGUGGAAAAAGCUUAGGCAAAAAAUACAAAUUGCAAAAAAAGUACACGCUCUAGUGUUCCGGUUUUCGUGGAGUUGUCUUCUUGUAGCUCUCAGCGCCUAGGUGAAACCCAAGGUGGCAUCGGCAUCGGAUGGACGGAUGAAUCGAGGCUAGGUUCUGCUUCGAAGCGCUUUCCCGACGUGAUACACUUUGAAGGAUACAGUUUUGGAGGCUGCUCGAGAGUGUACCGUUGGUGGGUAGUUUUACGCCCGUCGUCGCAUUGCCGUGGAUAUCGGGCCCGGAGAAAUCGGUUUGCGUGAGAUCCGCCUUGUGAAGCUGCUGCAGCCGGCCCGGCAGAAGAAUCGAAGAGACCGAAGGAAAGAGAAAGUGAAGAUUCUCGAAGGCACAGUGAAGUGAGGGGGGUGCUAAAUUAUCCCGGGAUUCUCCGAGUGUGUGGGGUAAACCAUCCCGUGGAUUUCGUGCUCCAGAGUGUGUAAGUGAGUGUGUAUUGUAGUGGUCCGGAAAAAAGGACUUGCUGAGUUCAUUGUGAAGAGGAAGCAGAAGUAUGCACGUAAAUGUGCCAACAUGAAACGUGAUUCUUGUGAAUGAGAAAUAGUUUGCGUGGAAAGUGUAAACAAGUGGGGAGUCCAGAAUAAAGAAAAGGGAACGAAAAAGUUUUCAAGUGAGAAGGUGUCCGGAGAAACGUAAAGUAGAAUAAAAAAAACAAUGAAUGACGCGGGGUACUACGGAAGUGGUGGUAUUACAAGUGCUGAAAUCGGGUUAGGUGGCGGAAGUGAUGGUUGUGGUAUCGGUGGCAGCGGUAGAUCCGUUGACAAUAGUCAAAUUGACGAGCGCGAUAGCUCAGCGGGAGCUGUUGCAGCCGCUGUUGUCGCCACCGGGGGAGCCAUUGGUGGUGGCGGCAGUAUACGACGCAGGAGUAUCAGCAACAGCUCAGUCAACCGGAGAAGCCAAUCAAAAAUCUCGAACCUGGUCCAGCAUCGGUCCGAACAGCAGCAGCAGCACCAAAACUCGGAGCGGACGAUGCGGGCCAUCGGACGAGUCGGGCAGGCGGUAAACCUGGCUGUGGAGCGGUUCGUUACGGUGGGCGAGACAAUCGCAGAUGACAAUCCAGAAAUCAAGCAGGACAUGUACGAUGCCUGUAAGGAGGCGCGAGCAGCUGGCUCAUCGAUAGAGCGAUUAUGUGAUAUUGCGGCAACGGAUCCGGUGGGUUAUUCGCCCCGGCCUAAUCCGAUUGACGACAGAGGACCGAUGAUACGGGCGGCCCGGACCCUGCUGAGCUCGGUGACGCGGGUGCUCCUGCUGGCCGAUAUCGUGGUCGUUAAACAGUUAUUAUUAGCCAAAGACAGGGUAGCUAGAACUUUAGGUAGAUUAGAAUCAGUGGCCAAUUUUACAGAAUUCGUGAAAGCCUUCUCAGUAUUCGGUUCUGAGAUGGUGGAACUAGCGCAUGUGACAGGUAACCGGCAGAAUGAUUUGAAGGACGAACGCAGAAGGGCGCAGAUGUCAUCCGCACGACAGGUGCUGGAACGUUCCACGAUGAUGUUGUUGACGUCAUCCAAGACAUGUUUGCGGCAUUCCGAAUGCGCUCACUCCAAAGAAAACCGCGACACCGUGUUCUGCCAGAUGCGACGAGCGAUGGAUUUGAUUCAUUACGUGGUGAAGGAUGGUAUCCUGGAGACUGCCAACGAACGGAAUGCCUUGCGUCAGGUUCCCGAAUGGGACUCGGAACGCGCAACGGCAUUCACCUGUUUGCGGCAUUUCUCUCGCCUCAUCGAGAUGUCCCGGCCAGAUUACGAACAGCGCAGUGCCGGUGGUAAAACGAGCGCUUCCAUGACGGCAGCCGUUGGUCCACCUCCAUCGAUGGGUUCCAAAGACUGCGUUUCACCUUCAUCUCAGCGCGAAAAGGAACCAGCCGGUGAGUACCGGCGGGAGCUUACGCGACGGAACAGCGAACGGGAUCGCGACAGAAAUUCCAUUGGUCAUUCCAGAGAGUAUAGUACUAGGGAACGCGAGUUCCCAAAAUAUGACAAUAAAGCUGAUCUAGGGAUCUCAAUAUUUUCCUCCGACACGCGGGAGCAGCUGCUGGCUGCACUGGACAAAGUUUGUGAAAAGACUCAGGAUUUUACCGACUCGGCGUACACAAGUCACGACCACAGGGAAAACAUAUUGCUGUUGUGCGAUCGGGCGAAGCUGGAGAUGAACCAGCUGAUGCGAAUCGCCGUGAGCAUGGAGCAAUAUCCGAACUCUACCUUCGAUAUCGAGGGGGCCAUCGAGAACGUGCUGACGGCGGCCCAGGAUUUGACGGACCAGCUGACGCUGACGGCUCAGGAGCAGUCGGCCGAACUGUCGCAUAUCAUCAAGUCGGGCAUCGACAUAGCCAACUCGCUCAGGAAUAUUGCCUUAAAUCAGGAGAUCAACCGGUUGCAGGAGUGCGCCGAUCGGUUUCACGAGCAUAUCGAUCAUAUACUGGAGGUAUGCAAACUACUACGACAAAUAGCGCUGACGGAAACCUUGCAAGUACAAGCCAAAUUCACCGAAAUCAACGUGCGGAUCUACGGACCGCAAGUGAUAACGGCGGCACGGGCCCUCACCUCGCAUCCCCAGAGCAAAAUCGCCAAAGAGAACCUCGAAGUGUUUGUCGAUAUGUGGCAGUGGCUCUCGACGGACGUGACAACGAUCACCAAGGAAGUCAUCGAUCUAGCGCAAGCAACCGCCAAAGCCGACAAAACCACCGAAUAUCUCAGUCUUCCUAGACCGGGGAAACAUGGAACCACAUCGAAACCGCUGAAACCAACCCGGCUGGACUCGGAGGAGCAGGAAAAAAUUGCCAAAACCGGACUCGAAAUGAAGAUGGUCACCAACGAGAUGGACGCCGAGACGGACAAAUGGAACGGAGCUUCCGAAGAGAAUAACGACAUCGUUAAGAGGGCGAAAAACAUGUCUGCGAUGGCCUACUCGAUGUACCAGUUCACCAAGGGCGAGGGCAGCCUCAGGACGACCCAGAACCUCUUCACCCAGGCCGAGUACUUCGCCGAGGAGGCGAACCGACUGUACAAGGUGGUCCGCCAGUUUUCCUACCAGGUGCCAGCCGGAGCCCCCAAGAAGGAACUGCUGGAUCAUCUCGACAAAGUGCCAACGUACGUGCAGACGCUACAGUUCACGGUGAAGGACCCGACCGUGGGCAAGGCGGCUACCUUCGCCAAGGUCGACCACGUCAUCCAGGAGACGAAGAAUCUGAUGAACGUGAUAUCGAAGGUGGUGUCAACCUGUUUCGACUGUGCGAACAAGUAUAAGCUAGACUUCAGCGGCCUCGCAGGACGGGCCGCAAGUGGAGGAGCCCGCGACGACGACGGCAGCCUGGGACUCCAAGGCGACAGCAAGGGCUCAACGACCAGCACCGAGGCGAGCAUGUGACAGUACGGGAUGGCCCGCCGGGGCGUGAAAGGUGACGCCCGGCGGACCAGAGUGUCCUUCCUCCUGUUUUAGAAUAAGCAUUAAACAUUGCAUAUGACCGUAUUUAUCGAAUUUAUAUUCCAACGUUGUGUAUGUUUGAUGAUUCUCGAUUAGAGCAGACCAGACGACCAAAACAAGACGAGGCGAGAGGUAGCACGAAUCGUCUCCCAAAAUUCUCAGAGCAGAGCGAAACAAAUGUUUGUUUUCCAGAAUUCUAGAGUGACCAUCAAACCACACAAAACCACAUAAUGUAACACACACAUACACUUGGAGCAGUCAGUCACAUUACGAAGAAAAACGUGUUUGUUAAAUAUGUGUAAUAUGAAAUCAUAAAUAUUGAAAUAUGAAUGUUUAGUGUAUCGAAACAAAACUAAGAACAACAAAUUUGAGGAGAACCCCUUUCCGACAACUGCAAGCAAAUGCAAGCGCAAACUUUAACAAAAAAAAAUCUAUCCUUUUCGGGCACAAACACACAAACACACAUUCGCAAACGCACUGCUCUUGAUUUCUUCGCUUAUCAAAUUCGAUCUGCUUCAAGCUUCCUUCCUGUAAUGUCAGGCUAGAGAAACCUGCGUCGGAACGUUGCUAAUCUUUGGCACCCAUUCGCCGAAGCAAAAGCCCCGUCGGAACGUACAGUAGCCGGGUAGCGAGGUUUAGAUUUAGGUAGAUCUAGCGCGAUUAGUUUAGUUUUUUGUGUUUCCUGUCGCGAUUAGUUUUAGGCAUUAUCACACAGACACUAUUUAAGCGACUGCAAUAGGAAUCACCAAAACUAUAAUUCCUAUACGCUAUCAACCGGAGCGCCACAUCCGCUCUCUUCUGGGAGAUCCUCCCCCACCACACGCUGCGCAUUUACUUCCGCUGUGGAUGAACUGCCCGAUAAACGCACGCAAAACGCGCUCUCCUACUUCCUGCAUGAACAACGCCCCCAAAAAGCACUUUGCACCCACUCGCGCACACACAGCACACAAACGCAUUCUGCUUUAAACACAUCACGUCCUCAAACACAUCUCCUCAAAUCCUCAAAUUGAACCUCCCCCCCAAUCCACAGCGGACGCUCCGAUGAGGAGUUCCGGGGGUGCUGGCGAAGUUCCUGCUCCUGGCCGGAAGCUCGCACGCCUCCCGGAACACAUCGAAGUGGAACUCGAACAACUACUGGAUGUACGAACUCCCCCCCGUGGUGGCUCCCAUCUGUUUUUUUGAUGUGGCGUUUUCUUUCUAUCAAAUGUUAACCGCGCGAGUAAACGCGCGGAACGGUGUCCGCGACGAGAAUGACGCGGAAAAUUGUCUCUGUUGAAUCCCUGAUGCGUACCUGUGUAGAAAGUUGAUUGAUUUUGAUGUACCAAUGGUUUAGUUUCAGGUGUAGAAAAACCAUUGAAUUUAGGUUACUAGAGGUUGAUGGACAUGAGUGAGGAAAAACAUCGGUAUUGUUUCAUGGUAAAAUCUAGAGUGAUGACGAACAACCGAGGUUUGAGCGAAGGUAAGGUUUUAUCGAAAAUCGGAAUUGUUGUUUAUGAAAUGCUUAGCACGAGGGUUUGAUGUAAAAUUAUUUACUGCUUCUGGAAUGACAAACGUUGUUGGAUAUUUCCCUUCAAAGAUCCGGCGAUCUUCGACCGGCCCAAUUUUUUUUUAUCUAGACAAUGUUCAACAUUUACAAUUUCCUCCGAACAUUUUAUCGUACAUUCGUUAUAAAGAUCAGACGGCGCUACACCAAUUUCAACUAAUAAUUGACUAAGAAACAAAUCUCAAAUUCUAAUUAAUUCAAAACUUUUUGCUUACAUUGUAAGUAAAGAGGUUUAUGCAAUUAAAUGUUAGGUUAGUUCAAUUCUUUGCGGUAAACUAAAUGAAGGCUUUCCUACACACGAACAUGACACUUAUAAUUAGCCAGGCGAAACGCAUGAUAAUUCAAGUAUCGUCACUUGAAUGAUAUUGUUCAUGAGUUCCUUAACGACCACUAUCGUUCCAUUGCACAGUUUCAGUUGAUUGGUGGUCCCGGAGCACGAUGUUUGCCAACCUUCAGUCAUCAAUUAUUUCGUGGAAGUUCUCGCAAAUCCAAUGAACUCAGAAAUACCGUUGGAUUUGAAUGACUGCCACGAAUUGUUCAGGUAUUUUGACGUAGGACUACGUCUAACCGGAAGAUAUAGGGGGUGAAAUGGAAAUCUAGGCACUGAACAAGUAGGAAAAAAUGCAAGAUUUGGUUUUUUUCAAAACCACGAGUACUAAGUUUUCUAAAUUGGAACCAUUCCAUUAAACAAGGCGCUUUUCAGGACCAUUAAACCUUCCAAAAAAGAGUUUAGGAAAUACAGUUCAAUGCUUUCUAAAACAUUAUGCAAAAUAAUAAUAAAACACAAAUUGAUUUUUUCAUCAUUUGUUUGCCAGGAUCUGAUGAGUAUGUGAAUUUGGCAGUUGUUCUGAGCUUAUUGAUAAUUGGGGACUUUCCUGAUUAUUCAAUUUUCACCCAUUCUUAAAUUGUUUCCAGAUUGAAAGUACAGUAAUUUACAAUUCGUUCCACAUUUAGCUAAUUGGACGGACAUGUAAUGCGACUUAUUUAGUUGGACAUUUUUGUAAACAUAGAGAUCCAAAUUAUGACCCCACAUUGAAAGUCGACACUGUACCACUGUCAUCGCAAAUGUUCAAUUACAGGUUAAAAUCGCCUCCAAUGCGACACUGAGUGGCGCGUCGGCACGUCGCAUUGAAUGUAAUUUAUAGUACAACAUGUCACAAAGCUGGAUGGGAAGAAAUUUUCCAACUGUGAAAGCUGUGGCGAGUGGCAACAAAUCGCUAAACAGGAAGGUUUAGCCGAACAAGAUGGGGAUAUCGAGUGAUAACAAAGCAAUAAACUCUUUAGAUUGAAGAUAAUUUUGUGAUCCUGAAAAGGACCCUUUUUAGCCUGCAUGUGAAUCCAACGAGCGAACAAAUCGUAAUGAAUGUAUUUUUUUGCCAUCGCUCCCUUUUAACGCUCACUCGUUCGUCUCGUUGGACUCGCCCCUCUGGCUGAGUCUGCCGAUUAGUCUCUAUGCUGUGAGUGUGUACCGCUAGAGUAUAAAACACGCGGACCCCAAAAAAAUAUCUUAUUUUCUUUCAAACCGUAAACCCGUGUGGUUGUACGGCAUCGGCAUCGUGGGCGUAACAAAGGAGGACAAGUUAAGGGAAAGGCAAAGUCUCACUCGAACCGUGCAGGUCUCCAGUUCCCUGUUGGUCGCAUUCACUGAUUGCUCCGCAAGGGUAACUAGGCCGAACGGAUUGGUGCCGGAGCACCAGUAUACCUAACAGCAAUUAUAGAGUUUCGGCCGUCGGAGUGCUCGAGUUGGCUUGCAAAGCUGCUCACGACAAUUAGAAAACCCGCAUCAAGAACAGAGCAGGUUCGGUUCGGCGCUCAUCAAGGCAACAAUUAGUUUCAGUGAGUGGCAAAGUGUUUCUCCGGCACGUCGCAUUAAAUGUAAUUUACUGAACAACAUGUCACAAGCUGGAUGGGAAGAAAUUUUCCAACUGUGAAAGCUGUGGCGAGUGGCAAACGCAAUAGCUAAACAGGAAGGUUUAACCGAACAAGAUGGGAAUGUCGAGUGAUAACAAAAACACAACACCAAAGGUUCUUUUCAGAACCAUCAACAUAUUCAUAAAGAGUAAACAGUAAACUAAUCCAUUUUUCAGGUAGAUAGGUAGGUAUUCACAUAGGAGAAGAAAAUAAAACAAUAUAUUUAAAAUAUAUAUUUAACAAAAGCUGUCCCCAAGACGGCGCCAGUGGUUGUAUGGUUAGCGUAACAGCCUCACAAUCCGAUCGGCCUGGGUUCAAUCCCAGCUGGCGUCGUUGGGAUUUUCUGAGGCGAAAAAUCUCUGGUUACGUCUUCCUUCGGAGCGGAAGUAAAAGAAGUUGGCCCGGCUCAUGAGUUGUUGAGUCUGAUAGGUAGGAACAGGUGGAGUCGCCUCCCUGAUGUCGGUGAUUGGCACUAAAGUGGCGGAAAUAGGCCGACGAAAAAUAAGCGAAGAUAAAAAAAAAAAAAAAAAAAGCUGUCCCCUUUGUAUAGUCCUACGUCACUCCGGUUAUGUCCCCGACAUUACCCACCCGUCUUUUAAAUUCUUAUUUUUUGCUGCCAAAAUCACACGUGACCUCAACCAAACGCGGUUUACAUAAAGGUGGAAACAUAAUGCCGCGUUGUGCGUUGCUUCUCAUCAGCUGUCAUUGUUUGCGUUUUGUACUAAAACAUUCGCCCGACGCAGUCUGUUGAUUUGCAGUCACAAUCUCGCAUUCGCGUCACCACUUUUCAUGUAAAUAAAAACAAAAUAAAAUUCGUAUGAAAAUCUUGUUCUUGUUGUGUCAACGGAUCAGUUGAAUGUUUUUAAAAACAACACAUUGACAUAUCCGCGCUGGCGGCAUUGAGCUUCGUUUACUAGUUUAGGGGAGCGUGAAAGAAUAGCUGAUUUUCAGUCGGAAUGAACAUGUUUUCAAAAUUAAAAUUAUGAAUGAAAAUUAGCUUUUCCAUAUCAAACUAGUAUUCUAUUUAAAUGAAAAACAUUUUUGUUUGAAGGUGGUGAAAAAGUCUCAUACGAAAAUUGUUUAUGAAGACAACUCUAUAUUAUGAUGAAAAAAUUCAGCAACAAUGUUGGAAUCGUUUAGCCAUAUGAUUGAAUGAAAGUCAGAAACACGUGUUUGAAGUAAUCAAAUAACAUGAUGUGAAAAUGUUCAUUCAAAUUUUAGAAUUUAAAAACCGGCUUCGUGUCUACUAAUCUGAUAGAGAUUACACUAACGAGUUUAUGACCCAAAUUAUGGCCCUAAUUUGAAGUUGCCACCAGACGUCGACACCAUGCCACUGUCAUCGCGAAUUCGUCGCAAGCAGUUUAGAACAAAUGUUAGCGUUUAGUACAUGACGCAACGCAUUAUUGUGUUCGACUAAAUGGUAACACACAUAUUUAAAAUUGAGUGUCAAAGCACAAUUGUCGCAAAAUGUGUUACAAGAAUUAAUUUUCCAAUGUUUUUACUAAAAUGAAAUUACACAAAAAAGAAGAACUCUUUUUAUGGUGCGGGUAAAACGGACAGAUUUGUAAUAUAUGAAGUGUAGAAACUUUGAAUUUCACUGUCAUCGUUUGUCUGUCCAGUAACUGAAACAGAAUCACCAACAGAAAAAGAAAAAAAAGAAAAAAUGGUUGAAUACUCUUUCCGUCACAAAUAUGUCGCUGUGCAUUUCACCCAGUACAAAUAAAUUAACAAUUAAAUUAACUUAAAUUUUACUAUUACUAUACAGUUGCUCUCAAUGAUUAUUCGAGAUCGUUGAAAAAAUCCAGAACAAAGCAUAUCCAGAGAAAGAUUGAUCAAAACAAAAAUAAUAGCAAACGGUCGUAGAAAAUUUUGAAAAUCUUGAUGAAAUCUAACAACAGUUCCCGGGAUCCAUAACUUUCGGAAAUCCAGCCAGAACAUUAGAAAACAUAAUUGCCAAUAAGGUUAAUUCAUAUUUUCUUGACAAUGUUUCACUUAACAAUGAAAGUAUUGAUUUGGUAAGUGAACCUGACGAAAUAGCACAGCCGACGGCCAGUGGUUGUAACCUGGAUUUUUUUUUUCGCCCAAUAACUUUUGCGGACCUUAAAAGAAUUUGUUUUGCGCUAGAAAAGUCGGCCUGUGUUGAUGAAUUCAAUGCAAAAGUUGUUCAAGAUUGCUUUCAUGUCAUUGGACCUUCCCUCCUGGACCAGACAAAAUCGAAGAGUUUCGUCCUAUCAAUAUGUUGCACACAAUAGAACUGCUAGAAUUAGUCGUUAAAGACCAGCUGGUGAAUUAUUUGAACAAUAACUCAUUACUAGCACCAGAGCAAUCGGGAUAUCGGGAACCACAUUCUUCGAUAUAUUUCCGAUGAAGCUGCUUUGAAUUUGGUGCCAGCUAAAUGAAAAGAAUAUAUCGAGAACGAAGAAGCGGUCAUUGCAGUGUUUUUGGAUUCGAAACGCACCUUUGAAACUAUUUCCAAGCCCUAGUUGUUACAAACACUGCGGCAAGCGUGCUGGGGCCUAUUUUAUUCAUAAUGUACACAAAUGACAUGCAACGAAUCUUACGUUUUUGUGAUAUAAAUUGAUUUGCUGACGAUACAGUUCUGUUCAAGUUUGUUUGAAGAUCGAGAGAACGAAUGUUGUCGAGUAAAGAAGGCCCAUUAGCGAUUUCUGAAGGGUCAAGCAGACAACCGUCCGAAUGAACGGAUAAGCUAUAACCUGAUCCUUCAUCCAAUGGGUUGAAUUUUUAUUAUUCUGGAAAUUAGAACAGUUGUCUCUGGCAAAAAGUCAUGAACAAGAAAUAGGAGAAAACCUUAAAAAUCUUAAGCAGAAGAAGAAAAGGCUUAAAGUUAAGUGUUUGAUGCAAACGGUUCAACAUGAUAGCGGCGGUUAGACGCUGUAGCGUUCAAUGACUGCUUCUGGAUCAGGAAUCAUGGAGUUCAUCCAUUCGACGAUGGACAAGGUGGGUAUGUGUACAUUCUGAAAUGUUGCUUGCAACAUUCCACGCAGAAAACGGAUCUACCGCAUGAUUAUUAUUUCCUACAGUAUAAUGCUCCGAAGCACCCUGCAUUCAUCGUACGGAAGUGACCCCUGCAUAAGGCUCCGAAUUAGCUCAAAGCAUCUCUCCAGUUACCGGGUUAGAACCCUAUAGAGUAUCUCUAUUGCUAAAUUCAGCACAGUCUGAAAAAUUAAAAACCAAAGAACAAGGCGGGGAUCAAAAUAAGGGUAUCGAAAUCUGUAGAAAAUUUGAACAUGACGUUUUAUGUAAAAAAAUGGGUGGGUUAUAUCUAUGAUAUAACCGCAAGGUCGACAUGGGACUAUCUUAGCUUAGUAACCAUUUGUAUGUAUUGAUUGCAGUUUGCAUGUAUUUGCAAUGGCGAUUUCCCCAGACACCUUGGUUUAGAAGUCUUUAUAGGUAAUCAGAUUUCAGUCGGAACAAAAAUACUCCCGACCUGCAUGAAUUUGCAAUACCAAUUUCCCUGGACACCUUGUUUCUGAAGCCUGUGUUGGGGAAACAUAUUUUAGUCGGAACAAAUUGCCCUCGACUUGCAUGUAUUAGCAAUGCCAAUUUUCCCUCGCUCCAUGGAUUUGAAGUCUGUGGUAGGGAAACACAUUUCAGUCGGAACAAAAAUGCCCCCGAAUUGCAUGUAUUUGCAAUGCUAACUUUCCCACGCUCCUUGGACUUGAAGUCUGCGUUAGGGAAACGCAUUUCGGUGGGAACAAAAGCUGCCCCUACUUUCAUGUAUUUGUAAUGUCGAUUUCGCCAAUGCUGCUUGGUUUUGAAGUCUGUGUUAGGGAACAUAUUUCGGAGAGAACAAAAGUCCCCCUACUUUCAUGUAUUUUCAAUUCCGAUUUCCCCAACGCUGCUUGGUUUUGAAGUCUGUGUUGGGGAAACCGUAAAUCGGGCCAAUCAAAACGAGGCAGUUAGGGCGUUUAGAUAACGCUUAACAUUUUACAGUUAUUCAAUUAUUUAUCUAAUGAAAAAUGACAUUUUAUUAAUUGCGAUAGAUGCGUAGAAAUAUUCCCUAUCAAUUGAUGCAAACAUCUUUCCGAUCCAGUAGAAAAUGUUCGAGUUAUAAGCAUUCGAAAUCUUGCAUUUUUUCCUGCAUGUUCAGUGUUUAUGUUUUCAUUUUACCCCCCAUAUAUUCCGGUUAGACGUAGUCCCACGUCAAAAUAAUUUUGACGUCGAGCUACGUUUUUCAUUUCUAUAUUGAGGUGUAAGUUCGAAGUUUCGAAAACGAGAACGUUACAGUGGAGAAACAAGAUUUUGAGCAUUAAUACCUCUUUACCGGUUGAAAGAAAUGGUAUGAUAACCGCUUCAUUCGAAAGAUAGAAUCUACGUCUACGUGGUAUAUAUAUAUAUAUAUAUAUAUAUAUAUAUAUAUAUAUAUAUAUAUAUAUAUAUAUAUAUAUAUAUAUAUAUAUCUUACUAAUUGAUCCAAAAACUUAUUUCAAUAGCUUAAAAUUUGCUUUCAAAGCAAGUUAUUGAAAACACAAAAAUCUGUAUAUAAGCAGGUACCAGUUCAGGAAUCCACUCAAUUAAAAUUGUACGAAGCUAAAAUUAAGGGCACUCACACAUCCAACGAGAAGAAUCCGAAAAAUGCAACCUCUGAGAGAAAACGGGGACAAGAAAACAGUUGCCGCUGCAAAAAAAAAUCCAAACUUGCCGCUAUGAAGAAGGCGACCAACAAAAAAAAGCUUCUGCUACUGCUACUGCUCAAAAACCAUUGUACAGAAGCCGAAAACACCGAGGCCAUAGAACAACACGAGAGAUUUUGUUGUGUUUGCAGGAAAACAAAUCCAGUUCUUUUCAGAACUACAAAUUGCUUUGAAAUACUGCGAUCAAAUACAAUAGUUUUGUAAUUUCUUCGAUCAAAGGCGAUCAACGCUAGAUUACAUCUUUCGAGAACUUAUUAGCGGUACAAUGAAUCUUGAGAAAAAUAAUUAAUUCCCGCUCGACGCUCACACGAUGUUCACUGAAUAAUUUGCCAAAUUUGUACUGGUGAUGGAGAUUCGUCCGCCAUAAACUACGUCUAGCGGAACACCAAUCAAAAUCGUACAAAGUUAUACUCACUGCAUGCUCCGGAAUCGGACUGUUGACGGUCUUCAAUACGGAUGUCCACUUCCAGUACGUACACCUUAUGGUGACGGUAAAUAAUUAGAAUGACGGAAGGCGGUUCGAACAGCUGAAUGGAGUGCAGAUCACUGACGAGCACCAGGUCGAGAAGCUUGCCAUUCGCGUUGGUAAGAUCGUUGAUUUGUUUGAGUCCUGCUGACAGUUAAGACUCAAACCAGAGCAACCUCCUGUUCGGAUGGGGUAUUGAGCGGCAAAAAUCCUUGCAUAUCUACAUUAAAAUUUCAUGCCAAAUUGAAUAAAGUAUAAUCACCCAAGAUGCAGAUAGAUAUACAGGUCUCGAGGGCUGGCCAUUUUGAGUAACUGUAAGACGGCAUGUUUUGUAUAGGUAUCGAGAUGACUGCAAGUAUGGAUGUAUAUGCAGCACGUGUGGAAAGAUUAUUUGCACAGUCCUCAAGAUGUACGGCUUUACAAUUCAGCUCAGACUUUACGGAAAAUCAGAACACCACCGCCACGUCGACUUGCACUAGUAGGGGAGGUGGGGGUAAAACGGACAUGUUAAGAAUAACUUCAAUUAUGUCUUUGGAAACUCAUGUUUCCCAAAACUUUGAUGCAGUUUCUUGCAAUUCAAUAAUAUGGACAUUAGGGUGCCAAUAAAAAUGGUCAUCUCGAAUUUCAAAACGUUACCCCAUAAAAAAUGUUCACCACCUCGAAAAAACACCCUAUGCAAAAUAUCAGCUCAAUCGGACUUAAGGGAGAGUGGCGCAAAGCGGUCAAAGUUGGUAAGGCGUUUCAAAACAAAUUGUUUGAUGGUUAAUGUCUUAUAAUGGCAUGAAACGUCGAGAUCUAGUGUCAUCUCAAAAAAAAAAAUUAUGCCAAAAAUCGGCACUCUGGAACUCCCACUGGCAACUGUACGUUUUACUCCACCAGUACAAUUAUUUCAAUAGUUUAAAUUUUCCACUCAAAAAUGAAUUUACUUUUCUGUACAUACCGACAGAGAAGCGACAGCUUCUCUGUUAACUCAUAAACCGAAAUAUAACAUCCAGUGAAUUGAAUUUUGAUAUUAAACCACUCAAAAUGCUUAAUAUCGAAGCAGCUAAAAUUAAAUUCACUCGCGGAAUCAUGUAUGAUUUUCGGUUUUUGUUUCCCUUUUGCACUUUUGAUCAGUGUUCAUUGCCAUAGGGUGGCUUGAAUAUUAUAGAAUAACAUGUAGAAGUUGUUCUCAUUAACAGAAAUCUGAAAUUCAAAAUGUAACUAUACAAAUCAAGUACCUGUCCAUAUUACCCCCACUGUCCGUCGGUCACAACUGGAGAUGGAGUAAUUUUUAGCGAGUCCGGAAAGGUUGAGGGGAUAUCUAUGUUUUUCACAGACUUAUUGUGAAGCCCUAAUCCCAUUCUUAAAAUUAUUUCGUCUUAUUGAAAUCAAACACAGCUUUGAACAUACAUAAACAUGCAUCUUUCGGAUUAUUGAGUCCAUGAAGCGCCGUGCACAAAUUACGCUGAAAUACGUAACACUAGCAUAUACCUUAUGCACAUCAAGUAACGUGACCUCGAACCUUCCUGCCGGGACCAUCAGCCAGGACAUAAGCGUCAAGUAAUGUCUAGAGAAACAUCUGCUGUCUUUCCUCAACAAAACACAACACGACAAACCCGCUCUGUUUUGGUCAGAUUUACCCUUCUGGAAUGAAAACGAUCAAUUAGUAGUGCCAAGAAUAACGUGAUGGUGAUGCUCAAAAAUCACUCCCCUCCCAACACCUCUGGAUCCUCUCCACAAAGAGACAUUUAGCCAACCGGAACUUGAAGAUGACACAAAAAGUGACGGAAGACGAAAGAUAGUGCCAAUAGAAUUAUAGGAAUAAUUCUAGGAUUGGGCGAUCUCGGAUCGAUUUUUCGAAGAUCGAUCUUUGCCAUUCCGAUGUCAGAUUUUUCGGAUCGAUCUUUUAGACUCGGAAAAAUCGAGAAAAUCGAUUCUUUUGAUUGAUUUUUUUUUUGUUACUUGUGGCUCAAAGGAUCACUGAACUAGAUGUUGACAUCAAUUUCAGGCGAAUGGUUUUUUCUGGACUCUAACUUUUUUGGCGCACAAAACAAAAUGCUUUUGAUGUUUGUAUAUAAAAAUGAAAUUUGUAUUCCAUGUCUGAAGAAAACACAACACUCCUAUAGAAUAAGCAGAUGAAUUGGAAACAAAUCUUUUGAUUUUUCAAAUAUCGAUUCCGCAAAGAUCGGUUCGGCAGAGAUCGAUUCUUUGGUAUCGAUUUAAUCAGUGGAUCGAUCCCUACGCCGGUUGGAGAAUCGAUUCGACAAGAUCGAUCUUUUUAUAACGAUCGCCCAAUCCUAAAUCAUUCCACACGCACACACUUAGAAAGAAAAACGUUCAAUUUAGGUUGACCAAAUUUUGAUCGUUUCACCCCUGAAAUGUUGAGAUGGUGCGUGCAACGAUACAUUUCACAGUAACGAAAGACAAUCAGUGUAUGCUCUAAUUAGAUCAAAAACAAAAACCCUUUGAAGACAAGAACGCCUAAAGGCCAUCGUCUGUAGACCGAUAAGACCCAUUCCAUGAGGCUAUGCACCAGAGAUCCAAAAUUCAAAUCCAGUUUUAGGAGAAAUUUGAAAACGUUAUUUGAAUAAGCACUAGUUAUAUCAUAAUUUUUUGUAACAAAUUUAAUUUUUAUGCACCAAACUUUGAGAGAGGCGAGUUUAAAAAACUACAUAAUUAUAUUUAAAAUAUUUUAGGUUUUCACUAUUUUUAUGUUUCUUGAGAUAUCUCUGCACAUGCUUAACCAAAGUUCAAUGUCUGUAUAUCAUUGAAUGGUUCAUUAAAUGCUUGUUUGAAGAGCCGUGGGUAGACCUACGUUUUGUAAUUCAUGAGAAACGUGCAUUUGAAAAACAGGUAUUUUGAAGCGUUGUCACGUCACAAAAAUAGAGUAUUUUUUAGUUUAUCACAUGAACAUAGGCUCAAACAUUUUUAUACUUGGGUUUCUCUGAGCAAACAAUAAAGGUCAACAACCCACAAAAUUUGGUUGUGAUCGAUCCACAAAUAGAGGAGUAUCAACUGUCUCCAGGCCCAUUCCAGUGUGACGUAACAACAUUUUGACUCGCUACAAACACUUUUUUUUUGCGUUUUCAUGAAUAAAGCGCACAAAAUUAAACGAUGUUAUAGUAAAAUUAAGGAAAUCUAACAAGAAUCAUCAGUUGGAGAAUAUUUAAUAGUUAGAUUGGCUUGUUGUCAGUCAAAUACUUUUGUGACGUUGCAACACCUGACUUUUUGCUGUUUGGGACUGUUGAACAUUAAUGAUUAAUUCAAUUAAUUACAGUUCCGUUUCAAAACAUACAAAUGAUCUUUCUCCUAUGUGUUAUCAACAAUAUAUGAACGUAGAUUCCAUAAUAUAAGAUAUAAUCUAAUUCCAACUUCCGGUUUGCUGAUGGUAGUAUUGAAUGCUAAACAAAUAUGGAAAACCCAUGCGACAUGGGCCUACAAGUGGAAGUCGAAUAUCGUAUCCCGAUGCCAUUUUGGAAUCAAGGAUGGUGACUUCCGGUUCGUUAAAAACGGAUAUAAAAGACCGGGAAUGGCAUGAAAUCCCACGAUACGAUCGUGAAUGAUAAUGUUGGCAUAUAUCCAUGGGUACGCGAAGAGGAAUAAAUAAAAGAAUAAUGAUUGAUAGUGAGAGAUAGGAUUUAAGUGAGACGGAGAUCAUGUUUGAGUGGAAAGAACUUAGCUUUAGAGCGACGUGUGUGGAGUUAUACAAAGAAAGUGCACGUACAAAUACACACGCAAACACCAACGAUCAACGAUCAACGAUCAAAGUCAACGUCAAUGUCAAAGUCAUCUUCAACACGCAAACAUAAACGCCCUUGUACAGGGAUGUGCGCUGUGUUCCCCCUGUAGUGAGCGCCACUCGAUGAACCAGGAUUGUGCUAGCCAUUGAAGGCAAGCGCCAGAGUGAACGUAUUAAACAAUCACGAUAUAAAAACUGGAGGUCGGUUUAGGACCACCCCGACUUUUCCCAAAUAAAAACAUACCGUGUACUACAGGUAACAGGUAGAUUCAAUUUAUUUUGAUGAACAUACCAUAAACAAUUAAGAUUGCCUUGUUUCGCAAUGUUUCACAAUCUGAAAGAACAAAGAACUCAUUUUGCACACAGGUCGAAUAUAUUUCUCCUCUGUUUUUGAAGGAAUGAAAAUGUAAAAUGGCGCUAAAACGCUAGAAUGAAGAAAGCCAGGAAAACGGCACCAUAUUAUCAAAUUGUCAGCGUUAUGACACCUUUCAUUUGACACUAUUGAAAAUUCAGUAGGAAGCACCGUUCCUGAGAUACAAAGGAGGGUAGGUUCAGGACCACCUUCCCCUAUAGGAUGGACUUUUGGAAGGGGAAGGGGAGAUCUCAGAGGAAAGUAAGAAGUAUUCAGAGUAAUAAAAAAAAUAAAAAAUAGUAUAUCGCUUGCUACAAUACGGUGAAUAUCUUAUUUAAUACAACUUAUUGAUUGUGUGACGUGACAACGCUUCGUGGAGGCUGUUCAUUCACACAGAGCGCGUUGUCACGUCACAAAAUGCAUGCCGUCAAAAUGCAUGUUCUUGUGAGUUUUUUGAAAAACUGAGUAUACAGGAAUCUACGUUCAUCUUUCAUUGACAAGUCAUAGAACAAAGUUUUUUUUGUAUGUUUUGAAACGGAACUGAAAAUACAACAUUAAUGUUCAAAAGUCGGAACCCGCAAAAAGCCAGGUGUUGUCACGUCACAAAAGUAUUGGGCUGGCAACAGGCGAAUUCAACUGCAAAAUAUUCUCCAGCUGAUGAUUCUUGUAAAAAAAAUUCUCAAUUUCACGUUAAAAUCGUUUACCAUUUGUAAAUCGUGUGAUUUAUACAUGAAAACGAGAAAAAAAAACUUGUUUUUAGUGAGUCAAACCGUUGUCACGUCACGCUGGAAUGGUUCAUAGGAUCAAAACGUGGCGGUCUGCGGAUGGCGUAGUGAAUGAAACUAUAUUGAACUCCCUCCAGUCACCAGUCGGUGCCCAUAAACAAACGGAAUAGUUUAUGAUGCUGCGGACCAAAGAUCAUUAGUUUAGUAUUUUAUUGCCGAUGAUCAGUCCGAGAUCGCAAAUGGAUAGGACGUGUUCCGGGGUUUCCAGGCCAACAGUAAAUUCAAAAAUAAUCCGCGCUCGCGUUUUGUAGUAUCUUUGCAGCUCAUAUCUGGCCCCUGAACGCUGUCUGAGGUACGCAAGAUGUAGUGGAGGAAGGCGCGAGAAUGCGAGCCGUUGAUGCAACAACUCUGUAAUCCAGUAUAGAAUUACGGAGUGCUCAAACGUCGCAAUAGUUCUCAACAGCAUAUCUAGAACCUGCCUUGAUGAUUGCGGAUCUGGGUUCUGUUACGGAUUGAUUAAUUGAAACUCAUCGACCAACAGCGGAAGUUUCAAAUGAAAAGCAGGGUAGUUCCAGACAUUAUCAAUUGACUGAAACGUCCGAAGGUUCGGCAAUCUUUGACUCAGCAGGAAAUUAUUGAAGAUCACGAGAAAAAUGUUUACACCCUCGUAUACUUCAAGUGAUAUUUUUAUUGAAUGAACUCAAAAGUUAUAUCCUUGUGUCACCGAAGACUUCCAGCAAACAAUCAGUGGAUUGUGUCUCUCUCCAAUUUCUCAUAAGAAAUGGUGAAGAAAAUUGGAUCUGAAACUGUCUUUUAAGGGAAAAUUAUGUUUAUUAUUUUCAAAGUUUAUCACAUUUAUCAAACUUGUUUUGUCCGAUAAGGACAUUCCAUACAUUACUCCCUUAGUUGUGGGGGAAAAAUCCAACAGAGUAUGUCAUUUCCCAAGCAGCGUAUAUCUUCUAUGUUUUUGUUUCAAUGAAAACCAAUCUGAAUGUGAGCUUUAUUCCGCAAUAUUUCUAAUUAAAAAAAAAACAAAAAUUUACAUUAAAAUUAAACACAAGAAAAAAAACAAAUGAACAAAACAAAAUAUUCAAGCGUUGUGAACUUCCAGAAUAAUAAUAAUAAAUUUUUAUAACAAAAUACGGAAUAAUACGAACAAAAAGACGUUCAAUGAUAGAUGGGAUACAGAAGGGAAGAAGUAUAUACACAAUAUAUAUCACCGUUGAUCGAUGUUGAUAGUGAGAGAGAGAUACGUUCCAAUGCUGGACUAGUAACACAAGUAAUCUGUUUCAUAAUGAAAGAACAAUGUGAGAUCCUAGCUUAUAGAGCCUAGAUGAAAAACCAGAGGCUGGUCCGAUAGCAUUGUAGAGAGAGAGGGACGAAACGGGAUAGCAUUAGUAUUUGACGUGGCUGUUAUUCAGCGAACACGUGUACUAGAAUAGAAACAACGUUAAGCUACGUGUACGUGUCGGUUAGCUCACGAAAAGCGCUGAAAAGUGGAUAUCCAUUUCCGAUUCAUAACGCCAGCUCCACCAAUGUUUUUUUUCUGUCAUAUCAAAACACAUACAACACACGGUAGCGAACUUGGUCGCGGUGAACCGCAAUAAUCCACAGAAGAAAGCAAGCAAACAGGACGACGAGCACCGUCCAUCGCCGGCCACAGGACACUACAAAAGGAAUACAUACAAUAAUUACGCGAUUAAUUGUCACGAGGAACAAAACUGAGAGCUCUUGCUUUGGCGCCCUUUCCACGAUGGGAAGCAUAAGCAUAACAAAUGUGAAACAUAUGAUACCCACCAAGUAGGAUGAAGGAUAGUAAGUCGGACAGCAACAAAUGAGAAAAAAUAAAACGGAAGCAAAUGAUGCAUACAUGCAUUAACAUAUAUGUGACCAGAACAGUACAGGUAGAACACAAGGAGAAUCGUUGAGACUAUAGGUGUGUGGAUGUGCUGUGUAGCAUCUGUAGGAGACAAACUGUAUAAAUAGCUGCUAGCAAGGAACAAAACAGAUAAAAUUUAAAUAAAAUGUUCAACAUUGUAUAUGACUUUCAUAAAGUUUUGAAUGUAAGGAAGAUAUAUUUUUUAUCACUCUUGGGUAAGAAGUUGGUAAAAGCGGAGCGCAGUAGUUCUUUUUCCCGGGUACGAGUUCAGUGUUCUUUGGCAAGAUGUGGAAGUGUAUCACGAAAAAAACUAUUGGAUCGCAUUUUGGCUAAAGGCUUUAAUCUUUAGAUGCUUUAAGAAGUUGCUAGGCGUUUGUGGGUGGGGUGGGAUCAUUGAUUGAAACGUUUUAGAAGAAGAGGUAGUUUGAUGCUAUGCUUUGUUGUUGUGUGUGAACUUUAAGUUAGUUUAAUAAAAUGUUUUUGAUUGCAACACGGGACAAAGACUAAGCAACUGGACGGAGAAUCGCGAGCUCAACUGUAUUCAUUUUUUUUUUGUCUGACGAUUUUGGUUAUUUCUUCAUACUAAAAAUGUAUGUACACGAAAAAUAUUAUGGAAUGCUGAUUUUUGAAGUGACACAGACCUGGGAGCAACAGAAUAAUUUCAUUUGAUUUGUGAUGAAUAUGUUACUACUCUGUUGAGUAAGUUUUAUUUUUAAUAAAUGCGGUGCAUCAUCGGGACAUAAAAUCGUCAGUUGUUUCCUUAGCAAUUUCUCCCCAAUGUACAGUGGGGCGACUCCAUACAAAAGCACAAGCGAAUUCACUGGGCGUCCUACCUAUUGAAAAAGAUCACGUAGUUUAUGAACGACCCCUCAAAUCAUACAAAAUUUGCUAUAAAUAUAAAAGAUUUGUUUCUAGAUUACAAAAUAAUACAACGAUGAAAAACAUAACAAAUCAAAACAAUCUUCUUCUUCUUCUUCUUCAUAGUUGCCAUCAGAUUCAUCAUCAUCUUCCUUUUUCCUUCAAUAGAAAUACAACUUCAUCUGGAAGUAUUAUAUAAUUACUUUCCUCCUUUUCAGAAUAAGUGUUUACUAUUGGAUCUGUGGAGAUGAGAAGUUGAUUGACUAUACCAUGAUUAGCAUUUUCUCGACUAUUUCUUCGAGUGAAAUCCGCUGUUAUUUUCAGUUCGUCUAGUGAUUUUCGAUGCUUCAUUGUUUCAUAGAUUUGUGGUCUUUCCAAUCCGGUUUCAUUGGUUAAAAGAAGAUAUUAAAAUACAUGUAUCAAGCCAUGAAUAAACAACUUACUCGACAUUGGAUUGUGUGGAACCGCUGAAGUUGAAAUCUCCAUUAUAAAACAUAACGAAAUUAUGAAUUUGAUUUUCUUAAUAUAGCUCGAUAUCUAUUUUGAAAGAAUCGAUAAAACAAUGACACUGGCACAUCAAACAACGCUUGCAACGUUUGAAACUGAAAAGAUACGGAAUUGCCACGAAUGUUCUAUGUUUUUUUUCCUCAUACAGCGAAUUAUGUGCAUUUACUUCCAAAAAGAAUAAAAGUAAAGUCAAGUAGAAUCAACCUGCAAACGAGCUAUUGUUCGAUCAGCUUGUGUGAUAGCGAAUCUUGUUCAAUAAUUGAAAAGGGCUGAAUGUUUUCAAUAGAUAUUGUUUUCAAUAUGCUCUGAGCAGAGAUGCCAACCUUCCUGAUUUUUCAGGAUUUCCUAGACUUUUAAGCACACUCUCUGAUAUCCUGACGAACACUCAAUUUAUCCUGAUUUUUCUGAAAUGAUCCUGAUUUUCCUGAUUUUUGUACUCUUUAUAUUAUUCGUAAUAAAUAUACUGAUUUCCAUAACAAAGUUUUCUGUCAUGAUAGUUCUCCAGUUUGCUCUUGUAUCUAUCUUACAUUAAGUUAAACUUUUUUAUCUCUACCCUCAGUUGCUUCGUGACUUCCGAAAGCAGUGCUAUAAAAUUUCAUGAAACCAGAUUUUCUGACGAAUUUAUGAAAUUACAACGAGAUUAAGUUUGUAGAACAACAUUGCUUUAUUAAGGAUAAUGUGUAUGUAGAUGUAUCCCCAGAGUUAUUAAUGUAGGGAUACGUUUCAGAGUGUAAAAUUACUCAAGAGAAAAUUGUUGAAUCCACAGUCAAUACAAUAAGAUUUUAUUUGUAAUUUGUCCGUCUGAUUCAAAUGAGAAAAAACUUUAACCACUGCUGAUAUGCUUUCCUCAUUUGUUGAGAAAAGAUUGGAAAGCAUGGAUGAUGAAUCAGUGAAAAUUUGAACAUUGAUGCUCUGCAAUUGACUGUAGUGAUGCUGUAGGGUUUUCGGAAAAAAUAUAAACGAUCAAAAAGUCAGGCGAAACACUAGCAUACCAUGCCUAUUAAUUGUUUUGCAUAUCCGGUCUUCGCUCGAAGGAAGAUAUACUCUGUUUCUGUUGGGAUUUGGAAUGGAUUCUGUAUUAUGAGCUACUACCAAGUAGCCUGUUUCUCACAUGUAUGGCUCGCAGCAGUUUUCGACGAGGAAGCAAAUAUGUUCUGGGAGAAUAGAAUAUUUGAGCUGCGUGAAAGAUGGCGAAAGAUUGCGAAACAGAACUAUGGAUACAAAAUUAAAUUAUAAUGCUCUGAUUGAAAAUGAUGUUUUUGUUUUCCCAAAAAACGACAUUAACUUUUCGGACAACCCAAUAUGAGCUAUCCUGUUUCAUCCUUUAUCCUGAUUUAUUUUUGUUGGCAACCCUGGCUCUGAGUGAUAAAUUGCUUUGAUAUGAUUCAGAUUUCAUAAAUAUUUUUUCUACUCUAUCCUACUUUUUUUCCUUUUUUAAUCACACUCUUUUUUAUAACUUUUUAAUAAUUAAUUUUGUGAUGUAACCCAAAUUUAUAUUUUAUCCUCCACAGAUUACUGUUAAAUUAGAUUAUUGAAAAUAUAGUGAAUAAAAACUUGCUAUCGCUUUUCUCACUAAAAGGAUACUUUGCGCGAACGACGGACAGUGUUCACUUAAAAGCUUAUGUUUUUACCAAAAUUUAGCCUGUAGUCUCAACAGUGGCAAAUUGCAAACUUUUAAGCUGGUUUUCUACAAAAAUAUCCUUUUUUUCAUUAAUUUUUUUUAUUGGACCUAAUAUGAUCAAAUUUUACAUUAUCUAAUGAACGAGAUUUGAUUUGUAUAGUAUUUUUAACAGGCACGUUUCAAAGUAAUGUGCUUUCUUCGAAAAAUGGUCAAAAAACGUCAAUAAGACAAGCUAUGAAAAGUCAUAAAAAAAUUUGUUUUGAUUAUAUUGCGCCCAAAUGUGUUAAGCACUUGAAUAUUAAAUUAAGAAAGGAAAAAUAUUACGAAACAGCUGACGACAUUUUGGUUUUUUGACUGAUGGCCAGCGAUUCCCCACUGUGCAUCGGUUAAUUUUGAAAAAUCAUGACUCAAGACAAAAAAACGCCUCUCUAAUUCAAGAAAAAAAUUAUAGGAGAUUGUGUUCAAGACACGCCCGCAUUGUUGAUGUAGAACUACGUUGUAGUUAAUUUCAAGUCGCUUGUUCAAAACUGCGGAUAUUGUUUUUUAAUGCUACGAAAAUUUUGAAAUAACCAUUCUACCAGUUUGGUCGCCCUGAAAUGUUUUUUUUUUAUUGUAGAAUCAUUUGACGAUAACUGUUUGAUGAUUCGUUCUUGUGCUCGCAGAAUAAUACAUUCUCGAGAUAAGCGCAGUUGGAAAUAAUUUUGCUACUGGCAAGCGAAACCAAAUAACAUAAAAAAUUCCUGAACGACAUUUACUUUCCUGGUGACUAAAUAAACGAAAUAAACUCUAUCUGUUAAUCUCAACAACCUCGAAAACGACGGCGCCAGUGGUUGUAUGGUUAGCGUAACAGCCUCACAAUCCAAUCGGCCUGGGUUAAAUCCCAGCUGGCGUCGUUGGGAUUUUCUGAGGCGAAAAAUCUCUGGUUACGUCUUCCUUCGGAGCGGAAGUAAAAGAAGUUGGCCCGGCUCAUGAGUUGUUGAGUCUGAUAGGUAGGAACAGGUGGAGUCGCCUCCCUGAUGUCGGUGAUUGGCACUAAAGUGGCGGAAAUAGGCCGACGAAAAAUAAGCGAAGAUAAAAAAAAAAAAAAACAACCUCGAAAAGAGUAGCACUACUUCAUUACGACCAGGAUUAGCGCAAAUGCAAUCCUAGUUGAAAACAGUUUUGCGACUGGCACGUGAACCCAAAUAAAUAAAUAACUUAUUAUAACUUGGUAUUUCCCAAAUAAUUUUAGGUGCACAACUUUAACAACUGCUUCACCAUAGCGUCAUUUCAACGCAUUGAUGCAAAGGCACCAACGAAGCCUUUAUGAUGACAGAAAAUAAACAAAGUUAACUGCUUGGAGAAAGGCUGAAUAUUUGCUUCAGCAGAGAUUCAUUACCAAUACCCUAGCGUAAAUAUUUCCCUCCCGCUAUCUCCCCUCCUUGCUUAUAUUUAUCAUUACGACUGUAUAAUUUGAGACACCAAACAAUCAUCAAUCAUAGCGUAACAAAAUUAGGCGAUUGUGGCAUUAUUACAAGGCUAAUGCACACGGGAGCAGAUACAAAUGGAGUUUCAGCGUAGCGAAGAUGCACUAUUUUUACAUACGGGUAAUGAAGCACGCACGUAAGCAUACAAAUAUCCAUAUAUCGAUGGCUCGAAGCAACUAAAUAUACACACACUUACUCCGUUUUGCGCUCUUCUCAACAGAAGCCCUUUCUGUUAAUUUUGCCAGUCUAGAUUAGCUUAGCUGCUUGUUUGAUGAUUCUCCACACAAUUGUGUAACUCAGAACCUUAAUGCAAUGGUUUCAGUUCAAUGCAAUGAUUGCAAUUCCAGAGACAUCAGCGAGUGAGUAAUUUGGUCGCGUCCACAGCACAAUCCGAAACGAAGACAUGUCAUGAUGCAGAACAAGGAAGAACAAGCGAUAUCCAUUGCUUUGAAUACAGAACGAUACUGAAAGUAUGCCUUCCUUCCUUGCUUGAGACUUUAAACUUCUUCAGUUCAUUCGUCUCUAACCUUCAAAAAGUCCCUUGGAAAACUUUACUUUAUCCAUAAUAUUACUCCUUCACCCCCAUUGUCUUGAGAAAGGCAUUCGAUCCCUCGCUGUCCAGCUCGCCCAGCAACGAUGUUGUUCAGUCGACUUCCUGACGAAGAUUGAAAGUGUGCCUCAGCGAGAUCCACUGUUUAUACUCUAGGCAAAUAUUCCCCUUCGUUCUUCUUCUUUUCCUUUGUUCACGGAGACAUUACCAUUACGAUUUCCCCUUCGUUGCUCGUCGAUAAGUUGCUCGUUAUUGACAGCUCUGUUUGGGAAAGCACACAAACGGACAGAACAAAUGUAUGAGGAAAUGGGAAUGCUUUCAAUUUUCAUCAAUUAAAGCAUAUACAGACUAUGGAAUUGUGAUGUAUAGCAUAUCAAACAAAUCUUAGGGAAUUUCCGAUUCGUUUGGUAUGUAAAUCUCCAAAAUCCGUUCGCGGCAAAAAUAGUUAUUAACGUUAACUUUACUUCAUAAAAACGUGACCUGUUUUCUGAUUUGGCACCCUUAAUGAAAGACGUAGUUCUACGUCAAAAACAAAAGUACAAAAUGGCUAAGAUCAGGAGCACCGAAAACCUGAAAGAUCACUUCGAUGUACAAAAGUGAAAAAAACAAGAGCGUUUUUUGAAUUAAAUGUAUUUACAAAUUAAUACAGGUUGGACUCGAUUAUAUACAAUUUUGCAUUCGAUUAAAUACAGUUUGAAAAGAAUAUAUUUUUUUACAUUUCAAAUAUGGCUUAUUUCAAGCAUAAACGCAAUCGUUCAAUGUUAAAGUGAAAUUUAAGUGGCUAUCAUAUGCACAGUGGGGUAAAAAUCGUGAUUUUUGAAGAUUUUGCUCGAAUUUUCACCAGAAAUGGUUUAUAUCGAUAUUGCAGCCAAAUUAAGAAAGAUGGAAGUUGGGUGUCGAAGAACAAAUUGUAGAGCGGUUAGAGAGCUUCAAUUUAAUUGAUAGAAACAAUGAAGUUUAAUAUGAAUUUUUAGGAUAAAAUUAAUAAAAACACAUUAAAAAUUACAAACUUUUAAGUUUUCACUUCCGAAAUGUUAUUUAUAUCCACUAAUUUAGAUGUUCCACUACUAUAUACUGUACUAAAUUUUCUCAUCUUUCAAAUAAAAGCAACAUAAUUGUCUUACGUAGCGUACUUUUUUAUGAAGAAUCACUUUGAGGCAUCAGAGUCCGAAACAGAAAAAAAGUUCUAUAACUCUGUUGUUAAAAUUCGAGCAUAUGUGUAGAAUGAUUUUUUCAAAAAAUAUUAUCGUCUAUCACCCCUGAAGGAUUCUGGAUAAAUUUAUUUUUUUCAUGUAAGAAAGAUGUUUUCUGACUUUAAGGGGAUGGAUAAAAAAUUAAAUUCUUCUUUUAUAUUUGAGGGGCUUAGAAUGAAAGGGGUGUAAGUGAUUUGAUCGAUUUCUCUACAUCGACUCUCACUCUUGUUCAUAGCUUAGCUGCAGAUACAUUCUCAGCUGUGUUUGAUAAUGUGGAAGAUAGGUCAAAACCUCAUCUAUCGGAUUCUACAGCAAACAUAAAUUUGAACGUUUUUGCAAUUGAAUUAUUAACUGAAGAAAAAGUUGAUGAAGAGAAAUCGAUCAAGUCACUUACACCCCUUGCAUUCUAAGGCCCUCAUUUAUAAAGCGAAACAUAUAUUCAUCAAAAACGAAUAAACAUUAUUUUUUGACUCGAUUAUAUACAGGAUUUGAUUAUAUACAGUGAAAAUAAAUCCAAGACUGUAUAUAAUCGAGUCCGCGCUGUAUAUUAGGUUGGGGAAAAAGUUAUCCAUUUUUUUUUUGUGGGAAAUUCAAAACGGUUUUUAAUAUGCUUUGCAAUUUGGGUCAAAUAAACACCGUUUUGUUGGAAAAUUUGUUGCCAUUCUAAGGGUAGCUUCUCUAUCAUAGAGGUCUUGGUCUUUAUUAGCGAAAAACCAUAGCAAUAGAUUUUUACAAUCUUCUCUUAAUCCCAAUUUCUUAUCACUCUGGAAAUUUUCCAAUGCGAGAAAAAGGUGAUAAUCGUUUGAUGCCAGGUCAAUAGAUUUUUUUUAGUGUGAAAUGCCACAUGAAAUUAUGCGAUCGAUAUUACGCGAGAUAUUGAUCACUAAAGCCAGCAAACGAGAAAAUAAUGGAUACCUUUUUCCCCAACCUAAUAUUUAAUUCAAAAAGCUUAAAUGCUCUCAUUUCUUUCACUUUUGGUCAUCGAAGCGAAUUCUCUUGUUGUUGGUGUUCCUGUUCUUAGCCGUUUUUUAGUUUAGUUUUCUUGAAAUUAUUCGAUAUAAAUUUUAAGGGGAAUAGCAAAUGUUGAUUCGUGUACAAAUUCAUUAGACAUCAAACUUCGUUUAGGAAAAUCAUAAACCGUUACUUGGUUGGCUGAAAUAUAAGAUAAGCAUGGUUUCUUGCUGUGGUGACUGAGAGCAGACAAACGACCACAAAGAGUUAAGAGACUGUUUAUUCUCCACAAAACUGAACAAAUGAGUCAAACGCAAAUAAUAAAAAUCAGCUCAGCAUAACAACAACGAAGCUCCGCGAUCAAUUCUCACUCAGAAACGUUCAAUUAAUAGUCCCAUCCCAUUCCCACGGAAUAAAAUCUACUUCAAGGAAACAAUAAGUAAUUAAUCAAUCCAAAAACUGCAAAGCAGACAAUGUUUAUAGAAUAAAACAACAUUUAUAAUAAACAAAUAUCAUUACCGAUAAUCCAAUACCAUUUCAUCACGAAGGAACGAGUUCACCUCCGAAGCCGACUACAGUAACUGUGUGCAAUAAUAACCGAUAGAGACAGAGACAUAUGUGUUAGAGGAUGGCAUCCAAAGCAAACCAAAACAUAGAGACUAUUUUUCAAACAAAAUGUAAUUGAAACUUUCUCUCAAACAAACGAAUCAAUAGCUAGCUACAACAAUCAUCCUCCCACAGAGUCACCCUCGAAAGCGUAGAGUAGGAUUUCAAACAGAAUCUAAAAUUAUAUUCCUCUAUUUAGGCAGUGACAGUGAACCAAACAGAACCACUUACUCGUAUAGACCGACAAAAUAAAAAUAAAAUCAGAUCCAAAUAUUUACUGUAUAGAUUUACCUAGCGUUACAACUAGUGCUGUUUGCUCUGUCCCACCCGGUGCAGGGGGUCCUUACCCCAUCAUAACGUCAACUACGGGAAAUCGGAUGGGAUGAGAGCCUCAAAAACCGGUGAGACCGGGCAACAGACCCACAGAUGAGUUAUCUAGCUGUUCACUAACUAGAUUUUUCCUAUUGAUAGUUACUACUCACUAAAUAGGUCUUUCGGUACAUUUUCUGCUGGACUCAAACGUGAACACUAUCAUUUAUCCUCUGACUGCUGAUGUUUCUAUUUUGAAUCAAAAACUAUGCCCGGUAUCUACAAUGAAGUUCACUUUUACAGAUUUUUCGGGGGGAAAAUCAACCAAAACGAGUUUGACGGAAAUACAAACAUCGGCAGCCAGCGAUAGAAAAACACAAUAAAUAUGGUCUAGAGUUUUAUUCUUCUACAUUCUACUUCUACAAAACCAAAUUUUGGACAAAAUAAACCAGAACAAAUAUCAAAGAUGCAUCCAGAAGGAAAACUAAUUUAACAUAAGUAGUGUAGAGCAGUGUUCGACGCAAACAAUGAAACUUUACUAUUUUAGGGUAGCCCGUUGGCUGAGGAGAUCCGUACCGCGUAAGUAUUAGGCAUAUUUUUGUAUAAUCGAUUCGCCAAUUUUUAUAUUCAAACAAUGCAUUUGGGCGGGAGAAGGAGGAACCAAUAAAUCGGAUAGAUCCAGGAGAGGGAAAAACGUGUAUAACCAUGGGUAUAACCACCAAUAAACGAGGGAUGAAAGCGAAAGAAAUCAAUAACCCAACGGAGGGAAAGCGGUUCCGCAAGUGUUCCACACAAAUCAUCUUGGAAGAAAAGUACUCAAUAAAUGAUAUGGCAGAGGUUCUCGUAUUUUCUAAAACUCUUGGAAAGUUCCAACGCUGCUAGAAGUAAGAAAACAAAACUAAUGUACAAUGGGCGCGGGGUGGGAACUUGUCGGUGUAAAUUUUGCGUUUCAGAAUGUAAAUUGGGUAGUGAAAGCAUUUGCUGCCGCUCAGUUUAGCUAGCGCGAUGGCGGAGCGUCGCGUUGUAAUCAGAGAUAUUAUGUAGCCGUAAUGGAACACUAGAUAGACAUAUCAUGAUCAUUCAAUAAUUACUAUUAGCUAAACAAUACUGCAUGAAUUAUAAUUUCUUAUAUAUUUCAACAAAAACGAAUGAAAGGAGAAGAGAAAGAUAAUGAUUAUAUAAACUUCUGGAAUAAUGCAUAGGAAGAACAAUUCAAUACGAUGUAUAAAAUACAACAACAGCAAAAAAAAACUAUUAUUCUUCAUACUCUCAAAUAAAUUCUUAUUAAUUCUACAAAUGAA